CUCGUGGCGGUAACGGAACAUCCGGGGCGGUCUGGGAGAGCUCGAGCCCGAGUCUUCAGUCAGAAGCCGGGUGAAAAGGAGACGGGAAGGAAGGAAGGGGUGUGAGCAGUUGAAGUCUCUAUUGGUGUAUGUGCGGUAACAACAUGUCUGUCCCCCUCCUUGCCGAUGCCGUGACCAUUUCAGGGGCAGAGCGGGAGACUGCAGCGGUCAUUUUUUUACAUGGGCUUGGAGACACAGGGCACAGCUGGGCUGAGGCCCUGUCUGCCAUUCGGCUCCCUUAUGUGAAAUACAUCUGCCCUCAUGCGCCCAGGAUCCCCGUCACACUCAAUAUGAAGAUGGUCAUGCCAUCCUGGUUUGAUUUGAUGGGGCUAAGUCCAGACGCACCUGAGGACGAAACUGGAAUUAAAAAAGCUGCUGAGAACAUUAAAGCAGUCAUCGAGCAUGAAGUGAAGAAUGGAAUCCCAGCCCACCGCAUCAUUCUAGGAGGCUUUUCACAGGGUGGCGCGCUCUCCCUCUACACGGCUCUCACUUGCCCGCACCAACUGGCUGGCAUUGUGGCCCUCAGCUGCUGGCUCCCCCUGCAUAAGGCCUUCCCUCAGGCAGCAAACAACAGCAUGAACAAAGACAUACCCAUUCUCCAGUGUCAUGGGGAGCUGGACCCCAUGAUCCCCGUGCGCUUUGGGGCCCUCACUGCUGAGAAACUGAAGUGUGUUGUGACCCCAAGCAGGAUCCAGUUCAGAACUUAUCCAGGACUGAUGCACAGCUCCUGCCCUCAGGAGAUGAUGGCUGUGAAAGAAUUCAUCGAGAAGUUGCUGCCCAGGAUCUAAAUGGUUCUACACAAAACUGUUGCAGGGAGAGGAGGCCCACGGUCACCACUUCCAAUCUUUAACCCUUGACUUGUCAAUUGCAUUUGGAAGCCAUGGUGAUCCACCUCCACUCUAGUCGGGUUUCCUUUCUCUGGUCCUCCCUUUCCUCCAGUGCUUGGCCCUCCUUCAGCAGAAGGGAGGGCAUCUGUACACGCAGGGAAGGGCUGGAGCGGUUUUAAGGUACAAGCUGAGAUCCAUUGGGCUGCCGUUCUGUGAAUUAGUGGUUUUGGGGGGCCUCAUCUAACUUCUGUCUCCCCCCCACUUCUAGUGCUUGCUGUGACGGCCAAAGGCUUUAAAAGCGAAAGGUAUUAGGAGAUUUUCUUCUCUUGCAGUAUUUCUUGGGAGCUUCAAUGAGCGAUCGAAGCUCCCAGUUAUGAGUUGAUGGGUUUUGCCAUCUCUCCUGUCUCCCUCCGCCUGUGGGGUGGAGAGCCAAUCCCAGCUUGCAAGCAUUUAUUCUGCCAGAGCUGAGUCAGCAGCACAGGCAGGGCUGGAGCUGGCUCUCGACUUUUUUUCCCUGGGCUGGGGAGGCCGGAGAAUUCUCCUGUUCCUCUCUGGGGAUGUUCCACUGAGCCCUGUACCUUAAAUCUUGCUCCAAAAAUCCCACCAGCGAGGGAGAAGAGCAGCCUGUUGGUGGAUGGCUGCAUCUUAUUUUCCAGCCUCAUCUUGUUUCUGCUCCACCCCUGCUGGGUGCAUGUGCAACAGCUCAUUGUGCACAUGACUCGGCAAAUGCCGGAACUGCAGUCGGGGUGUUAGUGUGGUCAUUCCCCCCACCCCCAUAACCACCUCACCUCCCCCCAUCACCUCCACGUAGGUCUUUUUCCAUCAUGUUGGACCCAUGUUAUUUCCUUGCUUCGCCAGCAGGGUGGAACUUACGGGGAGAUGGACGCGCAGCAUAAGGCUGACUGUAGCCUUCUGGGCAUUACAAUGACUGGAAGCACGCUCGCCCUCCCCCAGCAAUUGCUGGCGGCUCCUCCUGUGGCUGGGGCAGUGCCUCAGUGGUGAUUGCUUGUGUGACUCAGUGGAUCACCCAAGAUGGCUGCUUGGUGAUCCUUUCCCUUUCCAUAUCAAGCAGCUGCAAGCUGGGUUUUUUCUUUUCUUUUGCAGUAUGGGCAACCUCCCUUUAGCACCUUCCUCGGUUGCUGGUAGAUCUGCUAAGCACAGAGUUGCCUCUCCCACCUCUGCUGGUACCCCUUUCCUAGCCCUGGUGGCUGGCAACCAAGACAGUUUUUUUUCUUUAUUUUUGUCUCAAGGCCCUUCUUUCUUUCCUGAAGUGUUGGGCUCUCAUCCUCCUUUCCGAUGAGGUGGUGAUAGUGGUGGUCUGUGCUGUUGAACAGCAAAGGGCCCCUUCCCCCUACAUUACUGAAGUAGUUUCCCAUCUGGGCUGACACCAGGAUUUGUCAGCCAAGGACAAUGUGUAUCUUCUGAAGGAGUUUUCUCCCCCCCUUUUCUCUCUGUCUGUGUUUUUGGCGGAGGGCUAUUUCUCUUGCUUUUUUGUUCAUAUUGUCUUCCUUUUUUAUGUGGCCUGCGCCUUCUUAGUUUCUCCCCUUUGUGGUUGUCAGGCAGCAGCCAAUGAGCACUGGGUCCACCCUGGUGUUUGACAGAGCUCUUCAGAAAGGGUUGAGCUAAGCCAUGGAGGGGAGGAUGUGGCUGUACCUCUGGCAGAGUGGUGAUGCCUACCCCUUAUGGAGCUUGCAGCAUGGCGCAGUGGCAGGUCUCAAAAGACAAACGAGAGAGUCUUACUGCUACAGCCACGCUUUGUGCCGCAUUGCCCUCCCUGGGCACAAGCGACUUCCCUGCAAGUUGGAAGCAGGCUGUUCCUUUUCAGGCACCCAGAGCCCCUGUAUGUGUUUUCUUUGGUGGGUUAUGACAGCCAGCCUGGAAUUUAAAAAGUUGCUGCGGUUUCCCUGGUCUCUUUCCAGGUAGUAUCCCUGGCUUUAGGCCAGAGCAGUUUAUGUUCAUAGGAGGAGAAAGAAAGAUAAAGGCUGAGAUGAGGGGGUGAUGUUUGGGAUGGGAUGGAGUUACUUAGUGCAGCCUUUCUUCUUCUCGUUUAUCACCAUCUCAGUGGGAAGCAAUAACCCUCUCAUAACCAUAUGAAGUUUGUAAAGGUGUGUUUAAAAAAUAAGGGUUUUACUUGUCCCCUGGAGGAUUCAAUUUCUCCUUUUUUUCUUGCUUUGAAAAAACAAACAAACCCAGGCCUGGUCUACUCAUGCACAACAGAAUAAAAAUGGUAGAAUGUUCCUCUUAACAGUGCAACUAUGGCAAGGGUGCCAUUUUUAAAUGUUCCCCCACAUAAAAAGGUGAUUUCCCACAAUAUGUAAAAAAAAUAAAGAGAGAGGGAGAGAGAGGGCACACAAGGGAAGGAGCUAUGUUCCUUGUGUGCAGCUUCUCUACUUGCAGGGAAUUUUUACAUGGAUAUUAAAAAAUGUGACUUGCUUGUUCUGAGUAGACCAGGCCAUAGCGUUGUACUCUGAACUGGACAUGACAGAGGGAUGUGGUUCCUGCGUGGGAGAUUGGCUGGCUGCCGUUCCUCUCCUCCCAUACUGUGAAUCUGGAUUACAUUUGCACAGCAGUUAUCCCAAUAAGUUCUCGGCUGUUGCCUCGACCACGUCGGAUCCUUUUCUAAGCGGCUGGCAAAGGAGGCCCCACAAAAUGUCGAUGUCUCUGAAGGAUAUUGUGGAAUAAGGCCAAAAAACGGUGCGGGGGAAGAUGGUGGUUUAUGCCUCUUGAAUUUUUUCUCUCUCCCUCCCCUUCUCUUUUGUCUUCCUCAUACAUCAUUUUUAUUUUCUAUGUUCUACUGUCAGAUAUGAGAUUAAACAAAACACAACCA